AUGCCUCCAUGGAAUCAGACACAAUACAAUCGCGAUCCAACAGUAGAUGGGCUGAAUGAAGCUCUUGCCUUAAUUCCUCUCCCACACUUAUUGGCCAACAUCAAUGGCAUUCAAGAAUGGUGGAAAGUCGCUGUACUUGCCAUGCUUGUCCAUCAACUUCACAACGACAGCAAUCACCUCGAUCUUACUCACGGAUUCCAUCCUCUUACUUCAACUCAUUAUCGUACAGGACUGUCACACCUUGAAUCUAGUCGGCAAGUCAACCAAGAGCAGCGGUUGAAUCUUUGGCAAACUCGCACUGAUCACACAAGGACCAUACUUUCCCUCAUCUUUGAUCUGUGCACCACACUUGAUAGGCUUACAGGUGGCUCGACUUUGUUUUUACAUCACCCUGGUGCUACCACUCCAGGACCACUCCUUGCUGCACUCUUCGACAUCAACGUGGACAGGGAUAGACAUAGCCCACUUACCUACAUCAUUCUCGCCACUGUAGGGCCGGUUCUCACUUCACUCUUCGACAUCAACGUGGACAGGGAUAGGCAUCGCCCACUUGCAUACAUCGUUCUCGCCGCUGUAGGACCGGUUCUCGCUUCACUCCUCGACCUCAACAGGAUAGGCAUCACCCACUUAUCUACAUCAUUCUCGCCACUGUAA